AUGGGUCACCAGCAGCUCUACUGGAGCCAUCUGGGAAAAUUCGGCCGGGGUUCUCGCUCAAACCGGCACGGUGUGAUCCGGGAAUAUGGCCUCAAUAUACGCCACCUGUGUUUCUGCGAGUACGCGAAGGACAUCAGCUUCAUGAGGUUGGACUAAGUGUGAACUUCUUGAAUGGGUCAUCAAGCAUACCUACCUUCCUCAGAAACAAU